AUGACUGCAUUAGUAACUGGAGGAACCAAAGGCAUUGGGUUCGCAAUUGUGGAAGAGUUAGCAGAAUUUGGAGCAGCGGUGCAUAUAUGUUCACGUAACGAAGAUGAUAUUAACAAAUGUUUGGAAGAGUGGAAAAGAAAAGGGUUUAAUGUAACAGGAUCAGUAUGUGAUAUACUUAGUCAUGAACAACGGAAGAGAUUAAUGGAAACUGUUUCUUCUAUCUUUCACGGAAAGCUCAAUAUUCUAGUAAACAAUGCUGCAAAACCUUCAAUGAAGAAAAUAAUAGAUAAUAGUGAUGAGGAUAUAACAAGUAUAGUUGGCACAAACUUUGUGGCUGGUUACCAUUUGUGUCAACUUGCACACCCACUUUUAAAAGAGUCUGGAUAUGGAAGCAUAGUUUUUACUUCGUCCAUUGCGGGUUUAAAAGCUAUUCCUAUUUUAUCAGUAUAUGCAGCAACUAAAGGUGCGGUGAAUCAAUUCACAAAAAACUUGGCAUUAGAAUGGGCAAAGGAUAAUAUUCGUGCAAAUGCUGUUGCCCCUGGACCUGUCAAGACUGAACUUUUGGGAUCAGUAAUGGAUGCUUCUGAAGGUGGUGGAGCUAUAAAUGCUGCAUCAUACAUUACCGGACAAGUUAUUGCUGUUGAUGGAGGUUACACUGCUUAG